AUGAGUUAAGUAUCGUAAAGAUAAAGAAGUCCAUCCCCUUAAUCUCCAGAAAAAGUUGCAUAAAGAGAAAAGGCAGCAUAAGCAAUGAAAAGACGUAACCAAACAUAACCAAGCUUUUUUGAAAAAUAUGCAUACCAUUUGGUAAUAGGUGCAUUUGGAUUUGUGUGUGUUUAUGCAUUAUUUUCAAUUCUAACACGUUCAAGCAAGAAACUGACUACUACUCCUGUAAUUGAUGAGGAAGAAAUUGCUAGUCAUAAUUCUUUAGGAUCUUAUUAAUAAGGACCAAAUGAUUUCUUUAAAGAUUGGAAAUUUAGUGAUGCUAAAUUCAUCUUUAACAAUCAUUUAACAUUCAAAGGAAAAAUACCUUAAUGUUCAGAAAGUGGAGUAAUAAUUCCAGAGAGUUAUAAUUUUAGAGAAGUUUAACCAGAAUGUGCUUAACCAAUCUACAAUUAAGGUAAACUAUUGUUUAAUCGAUAGGAAAUUGUUCAUCCAGCUAUUCUAUCGCUGCUGUCUCAGCUACAAGUGAUAGGUUAUGUAAAGUCAGAAAUGGUGAAUUUUAAGAUUAAUUAUCACCAUAAUCACCAAUCUCUUGUGAUAAUAAAAAUUAUAGAUGUGGAGGAGGAAGUGUUACUAGAGUAUU